UGGACUUUCUUGAAAUAUAUUGACCCUAUCUUGACUAGAGAAAUAGAGAUGCUCCAAUUUCUUGGGAGAUUCUUCCAUUGUUUGUAAUAAAAACCAAGUAAGAUAAACCAUCUAUAUGGCUUCAAAUCAUCCUUCUUCAUAGCGAUUGUUUUUCCAACCAGAAAAACCACGUGGCGAAAUCUAACUGGGGGAGCACGGAGUCUUUCCCUGUGGAAGAGCACACUCUAUCGACCCCUCACCACAAGAACUUUGCACGUGGGCGGCCUAUUUUAGACAGGAACGCGCACGCUCCGCUAUCGUACGCCUCCCCACCUUUAUAUAGUAGCCGCGUAAUACGGUUACCCCAGUUACGCACCUUCUCAAUUCUCAGAAAUUUCAAAGUUAGAUUCCCCUCUCUCUCUUUCUCUCUCUACACUUUCUCUCUCCUCUCUCUCUCACUUCAGUGUUCACUGGAAGAAGAAGAAGAAGAAAAGGGGAAGAUUAUUUCCACAUUUCAACAUUAUGAAUUUCAUCUCAUAUUUGUAGGAACUGAACAAUUGAGUUUUUUUCGAGAAAGGAUUUGUGAUUUCGUGGAGAAAAAUGUCUGGUUCUUCGUCAAAAAAAGACGCUCCGAACUCGAAGCGGCCCUUCAAUUCGGGCGCCAUGGAUCGUUUUCUCGCAGCUGCUCAUAAAAAAUUAUCCAGCGAGGCGGAGCGAAUCGAUCAACUAUUCUAUUCAUAUGCUAUAACUCCCCCGUGGGUUAUUCAACCCCAAGGAAUUGAUACUCUCUGCUCAGAUUUAGGAAUUCACCAUACGGAUGUCCGGAUAUUAAUGCUAGCUUGGAAAAUGCAAGCGGAGAAACAAGGAUACUUCACCCUGGAUGAGUGGCGUAGAGCUCUUACAGCACUGAGAGCUGACACAAUAAUUAAACUAAAGGCAGCACUACCAGAACUUGAGAGAGAGGUCAGAAGGUCAUCAAACCGUGCCAACUUCUAUUCCUAUGCCUUUAAAUAUAACCUAACUGAGGAGAAGCAGAAAUUCAUUGACACGGAGACUGUAUGUGCACUGUUGAAUCUUGUUCUACGAUCCGAAUUUCUGCCUCAAGUAGAUGCACUUAUUCAUUAUCUCAAGAUACAAACUGAUUACAGGGUCAUUAACAUGGAUCAGUGGAUGGGCUUCUAUCGGUUUUGCAAUGAGAUAAAUUUUCCAGAGCUUGACAAUUAUGAUUCAGAUCAGGCAUGGCCCUUGAUUGUUGACGAUUUUGUCGAUUGGAUAAGAUCGCAUCGCGGUUGAUCGCAGCACACAGUAAUUUGCAUUGCCUGCAGCGAUUCUUAUCAUACUCAAAGUAACAAAAAAAAAAAAAAAAAAAAAAAAACGAAAAACCAUAAACUGAGAGUGCUCCUACAUUUCGAGCACUUGUAUUUCCGUAAACUCCUUAACAUUCUUGUACAUGUAUAUACAAAUAUCCAUAGGGUUGAGUACAUUUACGCACAAUUGUGCAGCAUACACGUAUGAAAGUCGUUUUAUACUCGUGUAUGAUUGGAUUUAUCGAGUGUAGUAUAGAAUAUAUUGUUUGUGA